AUGGUUCAAACAAAGGCAAUCCAGGUCUGUCUGGCGGGGAUUGGAGGCAUAUGUCGAGAUCACAAUAAACGUUUCAUUUGUUGCUUCUCUGCUGGGGUAGGACGCAAUCAUGCCAUCACUGCAGAAGUCCUUGCUAUCAGACAAGCACUCAUCACUGCUCGAUCUAUGAACUUCUACAAUCUCGUUAUAGAAAGUGACAAUCUCACGGCCAUCAACCUUCUCUGGGGAAAAACCCAAUCCAAACCGUGGCGUAUCUCUAAUCUUCUAGCAGACUGCCUUCAACUGGCAAGGUUCUUCAAUGAAGUCUCCUUUCAGCACAAUUUUCGUGAAGCCAAUGCAGUGGCGGAUCUCCUUGCCUCUGACGCUGCUACUAGUCAAUCUCCUCUUAUGUUGAGACUCUCUCCUUCCACUUGCUUAAGCUGUCAUUUGUAUGAUAAUUGUACUGGUUCUGUGUUUUUGCGUUAA